AUGCAACUCGGUCGAACUGUGAUAACAUUAUCGUUGCUGGUGCUCUCCUGCCAGCCCAGCAACACCAGAUUGUCGCCGUACGAUCGUUACAGCGACGGAGGCGAAGUCCACCUAUCUCGAGAUCCGGAUCUUGAUUUCAAGAAGGGGAAGAUAUGCAUCGGAACGUCGGGGCGAAUGUCCGUGCCCUCGAAUCGAGACCACCAUUAUCAAAACCUCCGGGAUCGAUACACGAACUGCACCUACGUCGAUGGAAACCUCGAACUUACGUGGCUCCAGAGCGAAUCGUUCGACCUGGACUUCCUCCGUGAUAUCCGUGAAGUCACAGGCUACGUUCUCAUCUCCCACGUCGAUGUUCAGAAGAUCGUUCUUCCGUCGCUGAUGAUAAUCAGAGGACGAUCCCUGUUCAAGCUGAACACCGGUGAAGAUCAAUACGCUCUCAUCGUCACCCUGUCCAAGAUGGAGAACCUCGAGAUGCCGGCCUUGCGCGAUAUUCUGCGCGGCUCGGUCGGUUUCUACAACAACUACAAUCUGUGUCAUAUGAAGGACAUACACUGGGAGGAAAUUCUCAGCGGUUAUCCUUUCAAAAUGAAUUACUUCUACGAGUUCACCCAUCCCGAGCGCGAAUGUCCCGCCUGCGAUGUCUCCUGCAAGGGUGGAUGCUGGGGCGAAGGCGCUCACAAUUGCCAAAAAUUCUCAAAAGUCAACUGCUCGCCCCAGUGUCAUCAAGGUCGCUGUUUCGGACCGAACCCUCGUGAAUGCUGUCACCUCUUCUGCGCCGGAGGGUGUGUCGGACCCAAACAGUCGGAUUGCUUGGCGUGCCAGAAUUUCUACGACGACGGGGUGUGCAAGCAGGAGUGCCCUCCGAUGGUCCGUUACAAUCCAAUCACCUACUCAUGGGAAAACAAUCCAGAAGGAAAAUACGCCUACGGUGCUACGUGUGUGAAAGACUGUCCGGAGCAUCUCAUCAAAGACACGGGUGCCUGUGUCAGAAGUUGUCCGCCCGGCAAGAAAGCCGUAAACCGUGAAUGCGUCGCCUGCGACGGACCGUGUCCGAAGAGCUGCCGAGGAAUGCAAAUCAUCGAUUCCGGGAACAUCGAUCAGUUCAAAGACUGCACAAUCAUCGAGGGAUCGCUCACGAUCCUCGAUCAGACCUUCGCCGGGUAUCAGGAAAUUUACACGAAUUUCACCUUCGGAUCUCUGUACGCGGCCAUGGAUCCCAGCAGGCUCGAAGUGUUCAGCACGUUGAAAGAAAUUACCGGACACAUCAACAUCCAGGCCUACCAUGAGAAUUUCACGUCGCUACAUUACUUCCGUAACCUCGAAGUAAUCGGAGGACGGGACCUGACCGAAUAUUUCUCGGCGCUGUACAUCGUGAAAACCUCGCUCAAAUCACUCAAUCUGCGUAGUUUGAAGCGAAUCGAAUCGGGUGGCAUCGCCAUUCUCGAGAACAAAGACCUCUGUUUCGUCGACACGACAGACUGGGAACAAGUUAUGAAGUCGCAAAAGCGAACUGCACUGCUACAAGGAAACGCCAACAGCACAACGUGCAAAGCCAAUGGUCUGGUCUGCCACCCGCAGUGCUCGACCAGCGGCUGCUGGGGUCCGGACCCAUCGGAAUGCCUCAGCUGCAGGUCCUACCGGCUGGAAGACACGUGUGUCGACCGCUGUGAUUCUCGUCAGAACAUUUACGAUGCCGGCAACAGCCUGUGCAAACGAUGCCACAGCGAAUGCGAGGGGCCUUGUACCGGACCCGGGGCCGACAAUUGUGCCAAGUGCAAAAACGUGCGCGACGGUCCGUACUGCGUCAACAAGUGUCCGAUAGCGAAGUACCGUCAGGAUGAGGAGUGUCUGCCGUGCCACGAGAACUGCAUCGACGGAUGCACGGGUCCCGACAACACGAUCGGGCCGCACGCGUGCAAUUCGUGCGAAAAAGCCAUCGUGAGCGCGAAUAACCCGAACGUACUGGAACAGUGCCUCAGAUCGGACGAAAUCUGUCCCGAGGGAUACUACAACGAGUACGUCCAUCCUCAAGAGGAGGGCGUGUUCAAAUCGUUGACGGGCAAACAAGUCUGUCGUAAGUGCCAUCCCCGAUGCAAGAACUGCACCUCAUUCGGAAUUCACGUCGCCGUAUGCGAGUGCCUGCUGUACAGCAGCGGCGAGCAGUGCGAGGAUCAGUGUCCUCGAGAUCAUUACUCCGACGACAAGAAUCGUUCCUGCAAAAUGUGUCAUAACGAGUGCCGAGGCUGCACGGGGCCGUUGCCGAGCGAUUGUUUGAGCUGCCGCAAUUUCCGCGUGUACACAAACGCCAACGAGACCACGUUCAACUGCACGUCGUUCUGUCCGGCCGAAAAGCCGUACAAGGUCUACGACUCGUCGGACCGGGAGCCGUCGUGCUCCGAGAUCGAUCCGAAUACCGCGCACGCGCCCCUAGGCAGCGGAGAAGAGGACCUGAACCCUUUGUUGAGAGCCUCGAUAUUCCUCGUGGUGGCCCUGGUGAUCAUCAUAGGUAUCGCUAUCGUGAUGUACCGAUGCUUCCAGACGGCUAGAAACAAAGAGAAUAGCGUCAAGAUGGCCCUGCGUAUGACCGGCAUCGAAGACGAACCCUUGAAACCGUCGAACAUCAAGCCCAACCUCGCCCAGCUGCGCAUCGUCAAGGAGGCGGAGCUGCGAAAAGGCGGAAGGAUCCUCGGUCGCGGAGCCUUCGGUACCGUGUACAAGGGCGUAUGGGUCCCGCAAAACGAAAACGUCAAAAUACCGGUCGCCAUCAAGGUCCUCCGGGAAGGAACUCAACCGAACACCAACAAGGAGUUCCUCGAGGAGGCCUACAUCAUGGCCAGCGUGGACCAUCCGAACGUCCUGAAACUGCUGGCCGUCUGCAUGACCUCUCAACUGAUGCUCGUCACUCAGCUGAUGCCUCUCGGCUGUCUCCUCGACUACGUGAAGAACAACAAAGAUAAAAUCGGCUCCAAACCCCUACUGAACUGGUGCACGCAAAUCGCUCGCGGUAUGAUGUAUCUGGAAGAAAAACGCAUGGUGCACAGAGAUCUCGCUCUCCGUAACGUGCUGCUGCAGACUCCGGGCUGCAUCAAGAUCACUGAUUUCGGUCUCGCCAAACUGCUCGACACCAACGAAGACGAGUACAGAGCCGAGGGCGGGAAGAUGCCCAUCAAGUGGCUGGCGCUCGAGUGCAUUCAGCACCGAAUUUUCACCCCGAAAUCCGACGUCUGGUCGUUCGGAGUCACCAUCUGGGAACUGCUCACCUACGGACAGCGGCCGUACGAUCCGCUCAGCGCGAAGGAGGUCCCGGCUCUGCUGGAGCAAGGGGAGCGCUUGAAGCAUCCUCCCAUUUGCUCAACCGAAGUCUACAAGAUCAUGCUCCAGUGCUGGAUGAUCGACGCCGAGAGCCGGCCGUCGUUCGCCGAACUGGCGGAGGAGUUUGCCAAAAUGUCCCGCGAUCCUGGCAGGUACCUGGUGGUCAGCGGUGACAAACUGAUGCGUCUGCCGAGCUACACCCCUCAGGAUGAGAAGGAACUCAUCAAGAACCUGUCGAUGCCCAUCGACGGGGAGCCGGGAGUGCUCAUGGACGCUGAAGAGUAUCUCCAACCAAAGCUCAUGGCUCAGAACGCCAUGCACGGGGCCGCCUGCGCCGGAACGAACAGCUCGACGAGUGAGCCGCCCCCGACGCCCAUCAAGAAGUUCAUGGACGACCGAGGCUUCGAGGGCGAUCCUCGCGGACACCGGCACAGCAACGACGUGUUCGUGUUCCCAACAAUGCACAACCGACGUAGUCGAGAGAACAGCCAAUCGUCGUCGUUGCAAUCGAAUAGAUUCUCUCUUCAGGACGGCGACGACGACGCCUUCCAUCCUGCCACGAAACGCGCUCAUUCGAUGUUCAUGAACAAACUCGCCGUCGACGAAUGCGAUUACCUUAUGCCCAACAGCACUCAUCCGCGGCUGUCGUCAGGCUACAUGGACUUGAUCGGCAAUCCCGCGCAGCGCGCAAUAGAUAACAUGGAAUACCACAUGAUGAACAACGGUACGCCACCGCAUUCGGCGGGUUUGCCACCGAUGAACGGUAUGAUGACAGGCUUGCCGAUGAACGUGGUCAAUAACAACAACGGAGUCAUGGGAACUCUGAAUCAUCCGCUACGCCAACGGCCAUCCCACCCGGGCUUCAUGAUGGCACCGAAUGGUCUUCCCGCGCAGCCUCCGAUGAAGCCCGCCAGACGGAAAUCCGAAGAGGAGAUUUGUGCUGAAGCUGCUGCUAGAGACUAUUAUAACGAUAUGAUUCGAUUGCCCGAGAUUAACAUCAAGUCGCGGAGGACGGCCAGCACAAAUAGUGAGACCACAGUAUAG